AUGGCCUACAUCCCACGUGUGGCAUCUCUCCUUCUCUUUCUGACUAAGCUCAGCAUUGGCCAGAGAGUAGUAACCGUUCAGAAAGGACCGCUGUUUAGGGCUGAAGGUUACCCCGUCAGCAUCAGCUGCAACGUCACUGGCCACCAGGGACCUGCAGAGCAGCAUUUCCAGUGGUCUGUGUACCUGCCCGCAGCCCCGACCCGAGAGAUCCAGAUCGUUAGCACCCAGGACGCGGGCUUCACCUACUCAGUGUACGCGCCUCGGGUAACAAGCAGGGACAUCUAUGUGGAGAGGCUCCAGGGCAACGCCGCCUCGUUGCACAUCUCCAAGCUGCAGGCGAAGGAUUCUGGUGAAUAUGAGUGCCACACGCCGAACACGGAUGGUGAAUACUACGGGAGUUACAGCGCGAAGACGACUCUCGUUGUUAUUCCAGACACCCUCUCCGCCACCAUGCGUCCCCAGACCCUCAGUAAGGAGGAAGGUGAGCCGUUAGAACUCACCUGCGAGGCAGCCAGAGCCACGGUUCAGCACACCCACCUGGCUGUCGCCUGGCAUCUGCUGCAGGGUGGAGGAAGCCCAGCCUCCGAGAUCAUUUCCCUCUCCAAGGAUUUCACGCUGCUCCCAGGACCCUCGUUUGCAGAGAGGUUUGCCCGCGGCGCCGUGCGGCUGGACAAGCUGGGGGCCGCCACCUUCAGGCUGUCCUUAGGGAGCCUGCAGCCCUCCGACCAAGGCCGGCUGUUCUGCGAGGCGACCGAAUGGAUUCAGGAUCCGGAUGGAACCUGGACUUUCAUUGCAAAAAAGCAGACGGAUCCAACCACCUUGAGCGUCCAGCCAGCAGUAAGAGAUUUUCAAGUCAACCUCACGGCCGAGGGCACGUUCACGGAAGGGAAACCCUUAGAGCUGGUGUGCCUGGUGCUGGGCGGUGGCCGGGACCUGCAGCUUCAGGGCGUCUGGUUCCUCAAUAGCGUGGAAGUGGCCCGCAUCGAUGCCGGUGGAGUGCUGGGCCUGAAGAAAGACUACAGCGAGAGAGCAAGGCAAGGACAACUCCAGGUUGCUAAGUUGAACCCCAAGGCUUUCUCUCUCAAGAUCUUCGCUGCGGGCCCAGAGGAUGAAGGCGCCUACGGAUGCACAGUGACCGAGAUGACAAGGGCUCCGAUGGGCUCCUGGCAACAGCUUCAGAGAAAGCAAUCCCCAGACCGUCACGUGCACCUGAGGAAGCCAGCAGCAAGAAGUGUGGCUAUAUCUACCCAGAAUAAGCAGCAAGCCGUGUGGGAAGGAGAGGCGCUCACCCUUCUCUGCAAGGCAGACGGAGCUGAGAGUCUCCUGUCCGCGAGCUGGUGGCACGUGCCGCAGGGCCAGACGCAGCCAGUGUUUGUGGCUGGCAUGCAGCAGGACGGCACCGUGCAGCUGGGUGCCUCCUAUGGGACACCCACUCACCACGGCCGUGCCAGGCUGGAGAAGACGGACUGGGCCACCUUUCGGCUGGAGAUCACCUCCACCGCGGUCACAGACAGCGGCACCUACGAGUGCAGAGUGUUCGAGAGGAGCCGGAGCCAGGCCGGAGGUCUGAGCUGGGCGCAGAAGAUGUCCAUCGCUGUGAAAUCUCUGGCGUCCAGUUUACACGUCAGUCUGAUGAGCCGUCAGCCGCAGGUGAAGUUAACCAGCACCGUGGACCUGGCCUGCAUCGUGGGGGCCGGCUACUCCGACCUCCAGGUGCCGCUCACCGUGACGUGGCGGUUCCAGCCAGCUGGCUCUCAAGUCUCUCACCACCUCGUUCGAGUCACUCAUAAUGGCACGAUCGAAUGGGGGGACUUCCCGUCCCAGUUCCAAAGGAGGACAAAGAUUUCACAGUCUUCGUUCCGUUCUCAACUCUCAAUCCAUGAUGCCACCGAGGCAGAGGCGGGAGUGUAUCAGUGUACGGUGGAGGUUUAUGACAGAAAUGCCCUGCCCACGAACGGCCCGGCGAGGGCUUCUGCCAGCUCUCACCCCCUGAGGAUAGUCAUCUCUUUACCAGAGAGCAAGCUAACUGUGAAUUCCAGCAGUCAAGUCCAAGAGCUUGCCAUCAACUCCAACGUCGCCGUGGAAUGUAGCGUCUUAUCCAGGACCACUGGGCACCUGCCGCUGGCUGUUACUUGGUACUUCUCACCCAUUUCCUCUAAUGCGUCCUGGCUGAGGAUCCUGGAGCUGGACCAAACCAACGUUGUCAAAUAUGGGGAUGGAUUUCAUACCCCUCGGAGAAAACAGAAAUUCCACGCCGAGAAAGUUUCCCCUGACACGUUCCGGCUACACAUCCUGAACGUGGAAGACAGCGAUCGGGGCAGAUACCGCUGCGUGGUUCAGGAGUGGCUCUUGUCUGCCAAUGGCACCGGGUACAAGCUUGGCGAAGGGACAUCGGGCGUGACAGAACUGAAACUCAGGCUCACAGGAGCCAGGGUCCGUGUCACCAAAGUGCACCGGACAGAGAACGCUACGGAGCACGGAGAGGCGGCCCUGCACUGCAGCCUGGAGAGCGAGGGCGGCUCGGCCUCCCUGUUCUCUGUGAUGUGGUACCGGAUCACUAAACAUUCUGGAAGCGAAAUGCUGGUGCAUCUGCAGCAUGACGGCCUGCUGGAGUACAGUGAGGAGCAGCUCAGGAGGCACCUGCACUGUCACCGGGCGUCCCCCACAGACUUCAUCCUGACACUUCACAGGGUGGCGAUGGAGGAUGCUGGGGUGUACUGGUGCCGGGUGGCCGAGUGGCAGCUCCAGAGAACCCACAGCUGGUGGGUCAUCAAGUCGUCGGAUGAGUCGCAGCCUAUGGUGCUCACGGUGCUGCCCUCAGAGCCCUCGUUUCAUUCCAGGAUCUGCUCGUCGGCAUCAUUCAUCUAUUUCUUAUUCAUCUGCCCCUUCCUCGUGCUCCUUCUGCUGGUCUCCACCCUCUGCCUCUGCCGGAAGGCCAGGAAGUUGUCAGCACUGAGGCAAACCUCCCAGAGAGAACAGGCCCUCUGGAUGGACUUGAAGGGAGCUGGCGAGGGGCCCGCCACCACGAGGGAGGAGCAAGAGAGCUGA